AUUGUAUUCUUAUAAACAUGGAGGGAUGCGGAAGAAGAUUGAGAGAUGACCCCAGUUAUAAAGCUUUGCAAGAACAUUACCAAACAGUUGGGUCGAAGAUUCAUAUGAGAAAGUUGUUUGAAGAGGAUGAGAAGCGCUUUGAAAAAUUCAGGUUUGUUUAAUAAUUUCAGCUUUGCUUUAAACGUUUGAAAGCUAGUCUGGAGUUUAUAUAGAUUUUAAUUGCAUGCAGACUUGUAGUUAUGUAACUACAUAUUAAUACCAUAAAUGGUGCUAUUAGAAAUUUGAAUCUUUAAAAGUUUAUAAUUUUCUUGAAGAAACACAUUCCAUGACAAAACCCUGUGCACACAAAGUGAUAAGUGCCUGUAAUUUUAUGUGAUAGCCUUUUCAUAGCGUUUUAGGCUAUGAUUCAUAGCGUUUUAGGUUAUGAUUUCUCUAUUUGACAAUAGAGAGGUUAAGAUACACCUGUUCCAGUUUAUGGGUACAGGUGAUGUACCCGUACCCGUAAACCGAGGAACGACUUGUAACAUAAGAAAUCCAAGAUAUUCCGGCGUGAGUAAACCUAUCAGAGAAUGGCAACUUUCGCUGUCGAGGUUCGCCAUAGAUUGUUGAAAACUUUGACAAGCACAAGCGCAUUAUUUAUUUGGGUAAGAUGUUGAAAAUUUUUACUAUUUAACAGCCCACAUAUAGUAAACAGAAAACACCUGUACCCAUUUGUCUUUUAUGUGUAGACCAUGGUUUACCACGGUUGGCUCGGCAAAGCGGGCUGAAAACCACACUUAUGCAUGUUUUAAUUUCGAUUAUAUGUACAAAUAUAAGUUAAAAAAACUUCAAAUAACAUCAAAAUGACAUUAAUGUCUAUAGUGAACGUUUUCGAGGUUUAGAUAGGAAGCGACACAAUUUUGUUAGAAUAUACAAACAGUAUAAGCCUGUUGGGAGUAUAAAUACCUCAACCAAGAACAUUCAGUGGGUAAAGUAGUCUUCAAAUACAACAAAUACACCAUUUUUAAUCGAUUUCUAACACCGAGUAUUAAAUUGUUAAGCAUGAUUACAAAUCUUAAUGAGCUUCUGUGCGUGUAAUGUGCGCGGUGCAUGUAAUCGCAAUUCAAAAGUUAACUCUCUUAGCCAGGACAACUCGGCAAAGCGAGACAACUCGGCCCAUGUAAUCAGCCCCUUAAUACUAGAAAAUACAUGCAUGCAGAAACCCUCGCCUUGCUGACAAAACCAUUAUGUUUUCCAAACAUGAAGUAUUGUUAUGGUAACACAAUAAUUUUAAGAAUAGUUUUAAAAUUGAAAAAUCCCCCCAAAUAUUACUUUUAAUUACAAAAUGAUCAAUAUGAUCAUAUGAAAAUGAUCAAAAUGAUCAAAAAUGAUCAAAAUGAUUACCGUAUAUAUAUGCUAGGUAUGUUAUUAUAUGUAAUAUGAGCUUCAAUUUAAUGUAAAAUUCAACCACAAAUGCAGUUUGCAAAACGUUUUAAAAUGUUCUUAAAACUAAACUGCCUUUUAUCGGAAAACAUUGAGUUUGAUAAACUGAUUAAUAAACUGAUUUCAAAUUCUUGCAUGAAAAUAACUUUGCUUUUCUUUUUGUUUAUAAAUAUUUUAAUAUACAAAAAAGAGUAAUUAAUAAAAAUACAUCGACAUUAAUAUAUUUUCACUUAUAUAUGAAAUACGUAUCAGUUUUUAAAGCAUUGCAAUUAUAAAGAUAGUGAAUAUUAAAAACAAACUUAUCUUAGUUCAAGGCUGGCGAGAGGGGGGAGGGCAGGGGGGCAAAAUACCCGGUGCCCGGAGUGCUCAGAGGGGCCCGGAAAUCUCGGUAAAAUGUUUGUAUAUUGUUUAUCAUCGGCAAUUUCCAGAGGGACAGGGGCCCGUGUUCACAAAUCGUCAUUUUGUCCCGAGGCCCGUAGUUGACUCUUGCCGGCCUUGCCUUAGUUCAUUAACGUUGGUGACUUUGCUCCCUUUUUGACGUUUUUAGACGGUCUUUGGCUCUCAAAAAGGUUUUGCUGAUUUGCAAGAAAUGUUUGCUAUUUUUAUGUCUUCAUUUGUCAUACAACAACAAAUUUUAAACUUGUCCAAUCAGUGUUCGCUAUUCAUGACAGUCCGCCACAUAUUUUGAGAUCAGUGAGGAUGACCACCCACUCAACACCAUUGGUCAUCCACGCCCGCGAUCAUUGAUGAACUUUAGACUUCGCUAAUGCUUUUGUUUCCCUGGGUGUAAAUAGCCGGGCGGAAUUAGUACCCUUGCCCCGGGCUUACACCCAUUGGCUUGGGGACUAUUAUCCCCGAGCCAACAGCACAGAGCGCCGUUCCGGCCGUUAGCCCGGGGCGAAGGUACUAAAUUCCGACUGGCUAUUUACACCCGGAGAAAGGAAAGCAUUAGCGAAGUCUAAAGUUCGUCAACUGAUCUCAAAAAUAUGGCUGUUUGCUACUUGCUAGGAGUGGGAUAAGCAAGAUUUCAAUUUUCAAAAGCAUAUAUUUGGAAAAUCACGUUUCACACAAUGAGCUUUGAAGCAAUUUUUGUUUGAAGAAAUGAGAAGAAUUGAUUUAAUAUGGGAAAUUUCUUUAAACUGUGGUGAAAUAUAGUGCAAGUUUGCUUUGAAUGUUUAAUGUUUAUGAAUUGUGUUGCUUUUAAUAUUAGUUUCUUGCGUAUGAAAAGUACAUGCAGCUUUCCUUUUCAGUCAAGCUGUAAGUUUCCUAAAUUACCCUGUUUAAUUUAAGAGAAAAGAGGUAAAAUGUAAAGGAGAGCAAAUUAAUUUGAAGACCUAACUGAAAUUACUCCACAAUUUGAACUUAUUAAGUAUUAGAAACAGUUCAUCGGCAAAAGACGACAAAAGCAGUUUAGUUAUUAAAGUGAACAUUUCAAAACAUUUUACGAAGCAAUUCAGUUUAAAUUUUACAUUAAAUCAAAGCUCACCAAAUGCUAUUUGACAAUUAUACUUAUAGUCGAGACGUUCAAGAUUCUUUUUCGUUCAAUUAUAGUUCACGUUCGUUACAAGACGUUCUUUGACCACAAAUGUUCCACACUUUGUUGUGAAGUUCGCAAGUCUGUUGCGAAGUUCAAAAGUUCAUAAUGAGAUUCACAAACCAAUUUGUAAACUAUGCAUUUGAUUGGCUUCUUUUACUAAAGUGACCAAUCAGGGACUUUGUUUACAUAUUGGCUUGUGAAUUCCAAUAUGAACUUUUGAGUUUGAACUUUGCAACAAACUUGCGAACUUUGCAACAAAGUUCGGAACGUUUGUGGUCAAAGUUUCGUGAAAUCGACUGUAAUGUCCAAAGUAACUAUCGUAGUACAGCUUUUGUAUCAUAAAUAUGAAAGUCAAAAUACGACUCAAUAUUGAUCGACGUUAUCGAGUAAUAACGUUGAUUCGACGUUAUUUGUGGCAACGUGAAUAUGGACGUGGCCCCUUAAUUGAUAUUGAUGACCAAUCACCAAACGUUUAUAUGGCCAAUUUUAUUGAUUAUUAAUAUCGACAUUCAUUGAUUUUCGUCAAUAUUUAUGCAUUGUUACCAAUUUUUUGAAGGUACACAUGUACAGUGGUAUUUGUUCUGUAUUCUUGACUUGCAAUCAAUCCUUUAAGAAUUUGAAGACAAAUAUGGCACAGCGGCCAUGUUGGUGCCAAAUUCAAUACGUUAUAAAUUUUAUGCCAGUUCUCAUGCUUUUUAGUUUGUCUCUGGCUACAUCUGAUGGGGAAUUACUGCUGGAUUACUCGAAAAAUAUAGUUACCGAGGAAACAAUGAAACUUCUUUUUGAUCUGGUAGGUGUUCUUUGUAGUAUUUUAAGCCCAUUCUGUUGUAUUUUCAGUUGUGUACAGUAUGCUGCUAUAAUAUUUACUGGGUACAAUAUUGAAGACUGA